UGGUCACAGCUGGUUGCUUAGUUUUUAUACACAGUGAAUGACUCACAGUGUGUGCAUGAAAAUAGUGGGUUAAAAGAAGAAUAAUUUUCUUCGAGUCCCAUUUGACGUAGUGGUGUAGGCCUAAGCUCGCUAACCAAACUGCAGAAAGAAAUGUAUUUCAUUUAUUAGUGUGCCGGUAGGCCUAAAGUCAGUUUAAUAAUAAAAGUUAAUAAACAAUGGCAAGAUUAGUUCCUUACAAGGAAGGAAUGUCACUUCAAGAUCUUUUUGACGGAAAAAGUUGUAAUUUACUAACUGACUGCGAAUACGUGCUUUCUGACUCAACAAAUACAAUUAAAAAAACUGUGGUCAAUGAAUGGAGUUCUUGCUUUUCUCUGGUGGAAUCUUUUGAUGAUGUCUGUGAUGUUUUGAUGAUACCUAAAGAAUACGCCCUUAAGGCUCAGACUGGUCACAUCCAAGACGAGAUGGUGAAACAGGCGCUGCUUGGGCUCGAAGCACCAAACUCACUGAUGCUUAUUUUAAGACAAACGUUUGUUAAGCAAAGAAUUAAUUUGGAGAAGAACGUUUCAUCACUGGCGGAACAUUACCGAGAUUUUAGAUCAAAAAAUGGCCAACAAAAAGCAACACAUUGGGUCAAAGGUUUAGACGUUGGUAACGAAAUAGUUGUAAUGUUACAUUUCUAUGGCACUGAUAAGAGCGAGAUUAAUGGAAUAAGACUUGAGUUACAAGAAAAGCUUUGCUCCAAUAAAGGAUCGAUUGAGGAAAACAAAUUAGAUGCAAUUUUUAUAUGUGCAGCAUGGAUCGAUACAAAUUUUCGUGCGACAUAUUUGAAAAAUACUAAAUGUAUCAUACACGUCAGUGGUCCAAAUGCUGUUUGUAUACGCAACACAACAGAGUCCAUAAAGUUACUAAAAACCUUUUACGCGUUUAAAAAAAAAUGGUCCAAAACAGAAGAAUACACCAUAUGUUCUGCGGAGAAACAACAUCAAAUGGCAGAACACGAAAAUGUACAAGGUGAACCUUCCAAAUUUCUCAAGACAGAAUUUUACAACAUACGAGUCAAUUUACAGAACUUUGUUGAAGAUGGUGCGUUGCUGACAGGGUCGAGUGUUAUUUCUGCUGAUAGUCUCGAAGCUGGGAAUAUUUACACAAAUUUAUAUUCAUUGUUGGUGGCAUGUCCAAAAGUCGUUAGUAAAUUAGAGUGGUUGCUCACGAAGAAAGAAUUCCUUUUUAUUGUGGAAAGAGAUCACAGUAUUUACAAGCAGGAUUUGAUUCAACUUUCACAGAAAGUUCAAGAAGCUAUUGCUCAACUAAAUUUACAGUUGAUAGAUACACAACAGCUGAGUUGGGUCGAACAUGAAAAAAAUAAACCUUGCUCAAUCGACGAUUAUGUUAAAAAGGUUACCCACACACUUCCUCCAGGUGAUGACAUACAACUAAUCGUAGUUGGGAAAAGUGGUCACGGGAAAAGUACAACGGCAAAUCGGAUUUUAGAGAAAGACGUUUUUAAAACAGGUUCAGGAUUUUCCUCGGUUACCAAAGACUUAGAUUCAAACAUUCAAAGCUCGAGAGUUGAUAAUCGCCAUUUAACAUGUGUUGAUACACCAGGCGUUUUUGAUACGGACAUUAUACAAGGUUCAACAAUAUACUCAGCUAUGAUAGAAGCCAUUAGUAAAGGAAUUUCGAGGUGCAGUGAUGGUUUUCAUGCAAUCAUAAUUAUUAUUAGGUAUAAUACAAGAAUCACACAAGAGGAAAUAAAAUGCAUUGAGAUGCUGCAGUCAUUAUUUGGGAAAGAUGCUCUCGAAUCACAUGGAAUUAUUGUGAUGACUUAUGGAGAUAAUUUUAAAAAGGAUGAAAACAAUAUCAAUAUUUCAUUCACUGAUUGGCUGAGUAGCCAAAAUAAUACGUAUGCUAAACGUCUAUUGCAAAAAUGUAAUAAUCGAUGUGCGUUAUUUGAUAAUACAACAAACGAUAAGGUACUACGAAAGGAACAAUUAGUUCUUCUGAUAAAUCACAUAGAUUCAUUGAGGGGUUCACUUUUAACAAAUGAGUUAUUUGCAAAGGCAAGAGAGCUAAGAGCCAGAUUUAUUAAAGACAGCAUCUAUUUAAAAGAUAUAUUUAUACAUUCUUGUGAUUCAAUCUUUAAAGAUUUGUGUAGUUUGAAAAAUGGUUUACCUAUAGAGGAAAAUACUGUUAAAGAAAUAGAACAUCUUUAUGUAAUAUUAGGAACCCCAACAAAUGGUGAAAUAAUGCAUUUGCACACUGCUUUGAAUUGUGUAAAAGCUAAAUACUCUGAAAACAGCGCCAUUAGUCAACCUCUUCUCAAAAACGACAACGCUAUUAAAACUCUACUCGAAUGCUUAAGUUUAAUUGUAUAUGAAAAUCAAAGAAUUGCAUUGAUGGUAUAUAACAUAAUUCGUCGCUUAAUUGAGUGUUUUCCCGGGAGUUCAAUUGCUUACCUUGAAUGUGGGAGAGCUAUCAAAAUAGAAAACUUGACGACCGGAAUGAAAGUUCUAGCGAUUGAUGAAAACAGAGGAGUUAUCUACGAUGAGAUCUACAUGUUUGGCCAUCAAGAGAAAGAUGGUCAAACAUUAUUUGUUGUACUUCAAACUGAAUCUGGACAAGUCACACUUUCACAAGAUCAUCUUAUUUUAUGUAGAAAAAACAACAAGGAAGAUUUUGUUGCUGCAAGUGUUGUCGGAGUCGGAGAUGAACUUCUUACAAGAGCGGAUCCAGGCUUUGGUUGGUCUAAGGUGGUAAAAAUAACCUACAAAUUGGAGAGAGGCAUGUACGCACCUUUCACCAGAAGCGGCACAAUUGUGGUUGACAGUGCUGUGGCUUCCUGCUACAUUGAUGUGCUACCACAUCACGUUAGCCACGUGAUGCUGUCACCUAUGAGAUGUCUGUACAGGAUGUCACCAUCAGUGUUAAGUCAUAUCAACGGUGCACCUGAUGUCUAUCCGGUUCCACCUUGGGCACGUGCAGCGCUCAAACUUUUGGGAUACGGUAAAAGAAAACACAUAAAAGAUAAAUGAAGCAAACACAAACCAAACUCUAACAACUACUUACCGUUAAGUGCAAUGUAUUUUAAAUGUAGCUUAAAUAAAACAAUUUUUCUUUUAAUUUCUGACGCUUAGUACAUUGAAAAAUGUUGAAAUCCAUUACUUCACAAACUGAAAUGUGCUAAAUAUAACUUGGUUUUAACCUCCUUUAAAUUGGUGUUGGAAAAGUUAUUUCAUUUUUAAUUGUAAUAAAAUGUAUGCAUAAAAAUAUCUUGAGAGAGAAUCGUAUGACAUUAUAAAGUAAAAAGCUUUAAAAAAUGUUUCUAAUUAAUGUAUUUUUAAAUGACAAUAAAAUGUUGCUUGCUUACAGUAUUGUAAUGUAAUGUUCCAAAUAUAAUUAACACUUAUAUUCAACAAUCAAAGUAAUACACACUGGUAUUAUUACUGUUGUCUAACUUGUUAAAACCAUAAUUUGCAAUAGAAAUGUUAAAUGAUGUAAUGGAAAGUAAAAAAAAAAUUCUGAAUUACAUGAAUUACUUGUUUCAUGUUUGCAGACUAUAACACAUUGUUCAAAAGGUAUUCAUAUGAUUGUUUUAAAACAUUUUAAUUUAACGAAACUGUAUUAAAUAUGAAUAAGUGUUAUUCGUUUAUCAGCAAAUAAAACAUUUUUAUUGUCUUCCUACUAUGUUUAGAUUACUAUUUUUAGCUAAUAUUCCCAAAAUAGCCUUCACUCUAGCCACGAACAUAAUCAUGAGUUUAGAAUUCACUUUAGCCCUGAAUAUUGCUUCGACCAUAAACAUGAUCUUAAUAACCAUGCUAGCAAAAAAACAAAAAACCAAACAAACAACACUAGUAUAUUAUACCUUAUGGUCCUGCCACCGUUUUUUUUAAAUAUUAAAACCAAUUCUGGAACUAAAACGAGGCCUAUGUACAAGCUAACAUUAAAUAAACAGAAAUGAGGAUGUAAGAUGAUGUAAGAUAUAACGAGGAUGUGUUGUAUAAUGAAAGAGAUUAUUGUGAUGAUCAAAUUUACCUAUGACUUAGAGGUUUGAUUUUAUGUCGUAUUGUACUUGUGGCUUCUUCUUUUGCAUAAAAUACACAUUUUUUAAAACAAUAAACACAU